AUGGAGGAUUGUAAAUACGGUGGCAGAUUCCGACACCGAAUGGAGGCGUCUCCGUCUGGUGAUAUCAUAUUUGUAUUUGGCGGCAGUGUUGGUGGCAAAUGGGAGAAUUCUCUGCUAUUAUACCGUACAUCGUCGAAUUCCUGGGACAUUGAAGAGACUAGAGGCUAUCGCUACUUCACACGAAGUGUCAUAGACUACCUUGGCAACCAGCAGACUACAGUGAUUCGCGACUUGUCCGAAUUUCAAGAGGACAAACCCGACAUGGACAUCUAUGGUCCGCAAGCCCCACGUGAAGACGCGUCGAGUGAUUUCGCGAUGACCAUGGUAAGAACUCAUUCACAGACCAGCGAGGAAGGAGCGCUAAUUGUCAUCGGUGGUUUCCGAACGUAUGAAUCACCCUAUCCCAACGCUGAUGUUUUUCCAUCAUAUUCAUACUAUUUGGACGAUGUGUGGUAUUACAGUACGUCUGGUAUGCUGUGGAAAGAAAUAUUCACCCUUGAGAAGGAGCCGUCUAAGCCGCAUGCUAGGCGAGGGUCAGCUGUGGUCACAUUACGAGACCGAUCAGGCGAUGCUCAGCUUCUUAUGUUUGGUGGACGACACCACGAUGAGCUCUUCAAUGAUAUGUGGUUGUUUUAUGAUGCCCAUUAG